CACCAUAGUCGAUGCCGCCUACACUCAGAAGACAAGCUAAGCGCCAUCGCCAGUCCAGUGGACCCGUGCGGUCCAACACAACGCUUUCUCAAACGACAACGCUCCCGUAUGUUCCAGCAGUCAACUCGUCGCUGCUCAAUUUCGUCGAUGCUUCAAUUUCGUCGAUGCUUCUACUUCUAUUCUAGUAAAUUGGAACUUCCCACGUUCGAUGGAAACAUCCUUGAGUACCCAGAAUUUUCGUCUCGGUUUGCCACGUUAGUCGGCAAUAAGGUUCAACUCGAUGACACGACAAAAUUUUCCUUGUUGAAAUCUUGUCUGCGAGGUCGUGCUCUUCACGCGAUACAAGGACUCUCCAUGACUCCUAACAACUACAAGAUCGCUAUGGACAUCCUCGCCACCCACUUCGACGACAAAGUGACUAUGAAACAUAUCCUCUACACGAAGUUGUCACAACUACCGAAUUGUGACCAGGAAGGUCGCAAUCUUCAAACUCUGUACAACCAAAUGUUUGCUCUAGUUAGGCAGUUUGCUGAAGACGGAAAUGACUCAAACGAGACCGGUUUAGGAGCAAUUCUGCUUAACAAACUUCCUGCCAGAGUACGUAGUCAGAUAUAUGACAAGACAAACAAUAGCCACAACCUCUCCCCGACCGAACUGCUACACUUGCUCACCGAUAUAGUCCGUAAAGAAGCCGCACUAUCAGAGAUUGAUUAUCACGCAUGCAUGAACCGUUAUCCUUCAAGUCACGAGCUUCAAGUGGAGUUCCGGUCGAAGCCUCAGCACUUUUCAUAUUCAACACAGAAGAGAAAAGAAUGUUCCUUUUGUCGAAAUUCCGAUCACACCUCUCUCGUCUGCGACUCCUUCCCGACCCCGCGUGAUCGAACUCGUCGAGUAGAACAACUACGUCUAUGUUACAACUGUCUCUCCAGUCAACAUGGUUCUAAGGACUGCACAUCCAAACAAUCCUGUAGAUUCUGCGCCAAGCGUCAUCACUCAUCGCUGUGUCCUAAAUGCUCUAAUGUGUCUAAUCCAGGAAGAGAGAUUCCGCAACCUGGCCACUCCUUCGCCCCUAACCCCUCCUCGUUCCGAACUCACGAGCAGUUUGUUAGUGUUUCACCAAAAGAAACGACAAACAACCCUCAUCAACAAGAGGACAAUAUCAUCCCAAUAGUUAGCAGUCCCUCCCAUCAGAAUCGAAACAUACGCUCACAAGCCACACUCAUGUGCACCUCCGUAGCCCUCUUUAAUCCUGCAAACUCUUCAAAGACAACAGCUGUUACUGCAUUUUUCGACUCAGGUUCCACCCAGUCGUACAUCACAGACGAACUAGCACGAGUCCUCGACCUCCAGAAUAUGUUAUCCGAAGAGAUCUCUGUGUCAACAUUUGGCACUACGACUCCUCUCCGACUGAAAUCUCGAAAUCACGUCGUUGGCAUCAAGACAGAGAAAGGAGAGAAGCACCUUCAAGUGAAAUCUUUGCCCACCUUAACGGGUCAUUUGAGACAUGCACACCCCGAUUCUAAUGCGAAGAACGGAAACGUUACGAUAUCGUCAUGCAAGCCAUCUAUAUUGAUUGGAAAUGAUUACUUUUGGGACAUCGUCCUAUCAGAUGAUUUCUACUACGAAACACUGCCGAACGGCUAUCGUAUGCUUCACACCAGUAUCGGCAACAUUCUUGUAGGCAAGUCUUUGAAUCUGAAAAGUAUUGCAACUUGCACUUCCUUUCAUGCAGAAGGCGAUCUCAACAAUCCAGUACUCCACGACGAACUUUCUGAACUUGUUCAAAAUUUUUGGAAACUAGAAGCAGUAGGAAUAAUGGACGAUCCUACUCGAAAGGAUGACGCUGUUUGUCUCCAGUUCUUCAAUGACACUAUCGAAUACAAUCACAAAGAAAAUCGAUAUGUGGUCAAACUACCUUUCAAAUACGAUGCAACACAGUUACCCGACAAUUUCAAAUUAGCCUUCUCGAGACUUUCCAGCUUGCUCAAGUCAUUGAGAAAUAACGUGUUCCACGGCGUCAACAAUGUUGCCGAAGGGAAGUCGUUCUUCGCCGACUCCAAAGAAUUGUUCCGCCAAGCAGGCAUGAACUUGAGAGAAUACGCCAGCAAUUCUUCAGAACUAAACAAGCUUUUUGAAGAAGAAGAAGGUAGAAGUAUGGCGCAAACACAAAAACUUCUCGGCCUCCGAUGGAACACUCUUACCGAUGAGCUGUUUAUCAGCCUCCCACGAAAACCACCAGAGCAAACCAAAUGGACGAAACGGAAGGUGCUGAAAGAAGUAGCCAGCAUCUAUGACCCGCUGGGUAUACUCUCACCAGUCACUCUCAUUGGAAAACUCUUUCUUCAGUCACUGUGGAAAUAUGAACAGAGAUGGGACGACGUACUUCCUGAUGAAUUGGCCUCCCAAUGGCAACACAUAAUUAACACUUGGUCCGAUCACACAUUGAACCUCAACCGCCUCAUCGUUGAAACAGGGCCAACCACGACAUCAGAUUUCGAUCUUCAUGUAUUUACAGAUGCGUCCGCAAACGCGUAUUGCGCAGUGGCAUACCUAGUUCAACGCCGUCAAAGUUCUCCUCACAAAGUUUCGAUCUUGAUGGCAAAGUCGAGGCUGGCUCCACUUCAUCAAUCUAUAACCAUACCCCGCCUAGAGUUGUCGGCUCUCACUAUCGGUUCUAAACUGCUUACGUUUCUCUCUACGCAGCUAGACCUGGAGUUGCGACGAAAGUUUCUGUGGACCGACAGCACUGUUGCCCUUAGGUGGACAAACACUGAUAAAACAGUGCCAGUGUUCGUUCGUAACCGAGUAAAAACGAUUCGAUCACUUACCUCAGACGUCAUUAUGCGUUACGUCCCGACGGAAGACAAUCCAGCCGACAUUGGCUCUCGUGGAUCCAUAUUCACAGAAUUACAAGCAAUGACAAAAUGGUGGAGUGGUCCAGAUUUUCUGAAGCUGGAAGAAGCGGCAUGGCCUUCUUCCACAAACAGUACAACUACCGAGCUGUUUCACGCGGAACUAUCAGAGGAUAUGCCUCAAAAAACGAGUAAUGAGAGUGCAGAACAUGGCUGUCAUCCUGCCAUCUCCUCCAACUCAACACCACCAUUGAACCUGCAUUUGGACACCUUCCGCUUCAGCACAUGGAAUUCCCUGCUAAAAACGGUAUUCUUGAUCCUACGCUUCUUCACCACAAUGUCUCCGAAAGCUGCUUCACUCUUCGGUCGUCAUCAUGCAGUACUCCGUGCAAGAGCCGAACGAGUACUAUUUCGAUUGGCCCAAUCCCAAAAUCCCCCCAGUCCCGAAUUGAUCCGCCAACUCCACUUGUUCCAGUGUCCGAAGACGUACCUUUGGAAAUCUCAAGGACGCAUCGACAAUAGUGAUCUCCAUCAAGAUACUAUCACUCCUGUGUUCCUUCCCAGUACAAACCGCAUUACCACUCUUUUCAUACUCCAUACCCACUCCGAAGGCAACCACUGCGGUCUCAAUCACACGCUAACUCAGCUACGGCAGCGCGUUUGGAUCCCAAAGGGAAGAGCAACCGUCAAAAGAGUUCUAAGAAACGAAUGCUUCUAUUGCAAACGUUAUACCGCCAAACCUUUCACCCUCCCUCCAUUCCCGCCUCAUCCUUCUCUUCGAGUUACGACACCGCAAUAUCCCUUCCAAAGUGUAGGCAUGGACUUCUUUGGACCGAUGCUUUACCGCAACUCCGACGGAAUGUCCUCAAAAUAUUGGGUUCUUCUCUUAACGUGUCUCAAUACACGUGCGAUAUAUGUGGACGCGGUUCUCGAUAUGACCAGUGUCACAGUUCUUCAUGCCUUGCGGCGCUUCAUAGCAACUAUUGGAUGCCCCAGCUUUAUAUUGUGCGACAACGCCCUGUCCUUCAAAGCCAUUGCAAAAUGUUAUUCGUCACUCCCUUGCCCCGAAGUUGACGAUGAUAUCUUAGACUACUGCACAAAAAGGCAACUACAGAUCAAGUUCAUUCCCAGCCUAAGUCCUUGGCAAGGAGGUGCCUACGAAAAAAUGGUCGAUAUUUUCAAGAAAUCAUUCAUGCACAUCAUUCGAAAUCGACUGCUUAAUAUAGAAGACGUUAGGACACUGCUGAAAGAAACAGAAGCAAUAGUGAACACUCGACCCUUAACGUACAUCACCGAUGACAUUGAUUGUUUCCCGUUAAGACCGAUUGACUUCCUGCGACCGUACGCUCAGCUCGCCGGACCCAGUCCUCAAGAAUACUCCGACGAAUGGAUUCCAGUCUCAACUACACGAGAGACCCUUGCGGACGAGUGGAUUCGUACGUCAGAACUGUUGUCAGCUUUUUGGAAAAGAUGGAACUCAGAAUACCUCACCUCGCUAAGAGAGCAAUACAAAGACGAACACCUCAAACCACGCCGCCGAAACAAGGAGAUAUUCGUACUCAUCCAGGACCCGCUCCUCAGUCGUGGCCAGUGGAAGAUGGGAGAAGUCAUCGGAUCUCGAGACAAUUUCCUGCGAUCAGUCGAAAUCCGACUCCCUUCAAAAGCUAUUAUCACACGCCCUAACAAUAUGGUCUACAAACUAGAAGUCCAUCCAUCUUCUUCACAACCAUCGUCAACACCGUCUCAACGGAUAGCGACAGGAGAAUCUGAACAUCCGAUGGUGACUAGAUCAAAGGCACGGCAACAAUCUCCAUUCACACAGCUA